UUAAUUCAAUAUUUUUAAUAUCUCUCAUUUCUUUUCAUUACAUCACUCAUCGAUCAUAUCUUUUCAUUUUCCUAUUUUCUUACUAUAGAUGUGGAUGGAAAUAAAGUAAAUAACCUUAGCAACUAAAAUUCAAUUUGAGAUUUAGUUCUAUAUUUCUCUGUCUCUCCUUGAAUUAUAACUGACGCAUAUUAUAAGUAGCCUUUUCUGUCUCUUUAGUACAUGCAAUGCACCAAGUAGAAGUAAGGCCUGCGUGAGUGCACAUGAGAAACCCCAGAACCUCACAUGUUACUUCCUAUAUACUACCUCAAUUCUCACGCUCCAUGCAACUAUAUAUACAUUCCUAUGCUGUGUUCAAUGUUCAUCUUCCCCCAGGCCCCAGCUCAUGAACUUUCAACUUCGACAUGCCUCUCAUUCUCAACAACAACUCAUCCUUUAUUCUCAUGAACCUUGCCUUCACAAUUCUGAUCUUCUCCCUUAAUUUUCUUCCUCAUGAUGCUGCUAACAUUACUGCAGCAACAACAACUUCCCCUGAAUUCUCCACCUCUGUUCUCAACGUCACAACAGCACUCAACCAAGUCCACCAUGUCCUCUCCCUUAAACCCUCUUUCCACCUCCACCAAAACCAUGAACAACAACAACAACAAACGCAACACACCCUAUCUCCUUCUUCCUCCUCUUCCUUCUCAUUCCAAUUGCACCCCAGAGAAUCUCUCUUCAAUGCCCAUCACCACAACUACCGCAGCUUAGUCCUCACUCGGCUCAGACGUGACUCAGCCCGUGUCAGCUGGAUCACCUCCCAUCUAAACAAAUCGAACCUCCGACCCGAACACCUAUCAGCACCGGUGACCUCCGGCGUCUCACAGGGAACCGGCGAGUACUUUGCCAGAAUCGGAGUAGGCCAACCCACGCAACACUUCUACAUAGUUCCCGACACAGGAAGCGACAUCAACUGGAUCCAGUGCAAGCCCUGCAACCAAUGCUACAAACAAUCCGACCCGAUUUUCGACCCGUCUACAUCAUCUUCCUACGCUCUCGUCCCCUGCAAGGCAAAACAGUGUAAGGACUCUGAAUUGACGGGUUGUUAUAAGAACGGGUGCGAGUACGACGUGUUUUACGGUGAUGGGUCGUUUUCAAGCGGGGUUCUCGUGACGGAAACGUUGUCGCUGGGAAAGAACGGGUCGGUCAAACGGGUCCCGAUAGGUUGCGGGCACUUGAACCAUGGCACGUUCGCCGGUGCGGCGGGGAUACUCGGAUUGGGUCGUGGGGCUUUGUCUUUCCAGGCCCAUAUCAAAGCGUCGUCGUUUUCGUAUUGCUUGGUGUACCGCGACACGAACAAAUCGUCGACGCUUGAGUUCAACUCGCCCCGACCCGGAGACUCAGUGACUGCUCCGUUGCUGAGUAACCCGAAGCUUAAAACGUUCUACUACGUAGGGGUUACCGGAGUUAGCGUCGGAGGGAGGAGGGUCUCUAUUCCGUCGUCGACGUUCGCUAUUAAACCGUCGGGGAUGGGAGGAAUCAUCGUGGACUCGGGCACCACCGUGACUCGGUUGCCGACUCCGGCGUUCAACGCGAUGCGCGACGCGUUCGUGGAGUUGACUCGGCACUUGCGACGCGCCAAGGGAUUCUUGAUACUAGACACGUGCUAUGAUUUUUCAUCGGUGACUGUGGCGACGGUGCCUACGGUGUCGUUUGAGUUGAGCGGUGGCGGGUCGUGGAGGUUGCCAGUGUUGGGGUAUCUGAUUCCGGUGGAUGAUAAGGGAACUUUCUGCUUUGCUUUCGCCCCAUCUGUGGAGCCGGUAUCGAUCAUAGGGAACGUGCAACAGCAAGGGACACGUGUCAGCUUUGAUCUUGUGAAUUCUGUUAUUGGUUUCUCUACUGAUAAGUGUAGCUAGCUAAACCUGUAUUAAACAUCAUAUAAACACAUGGGAAUAUCUAAUUUACCCCAGUGUUAGAAUAAUACUAUAAAAAAGUUACUGAAUAUUCUAAGUGUGAAAUUUAUGUAGCAUGCAUCAUAUGUGA